UUCGUUUCUUUCUUAUCCUCAAAAUACCUUCAAAUUAAAGGAGGGGAGAAACAGACUGAUGUUAGCUCAGCGGAUGUCCUUGAAGAAGGAAAAACAUUUCCAAGCAGUUAAAAACAAAAACUAUUAAAGCCUCUUCAGAAAGAAAUGUUGCAGAGCCCCAAAAUCAUCCAUUCCUCCCUUAAGCUUCAAUCCCCACUACCGCCAGCACCAUCUCCUCCAGAAAUCCAAAACAUACCCACUUCACCAUCUUUUCCUAUCAUCAAACAGUGCUGCAAUUUUUCGCGCAGAGAGCUUGCAAUCUUUAGCAACUCUUCGUUGCUGCUUCUGUUGAGCUCUCAAACCCUUCAACCAUUCAAUCUGUCAAAAGCACAGGCCGAGGAAAACUUGCCAGGCACCAGCGAGAAUGAUCAACAAGAAGAGAAGUUGAGUACUAGUUCAAACUGCAGCAGUAACACUACAACAAAGAAAGCAUUUCUUGAUAUAUCCAUUGAUGGAAAACCUGUUGGCCGCAUUGUCAUUGGAUUAAACGGAGAGAGUACCCCAACUGGAGUUGCUAGGUUUAGCAGCCUUGUAAGUGGAGCUGCUGGUAUUAGCUACAGAAGAAAGGAGUUCAUCAAAAUCAUGCCAAAUUAUGUGCAACAUGGCGGGGUGAGAUCAUAUGGUGUGGAUGCUGAGCUUGCAAAGAGCACAGGAAGUAACUUGGCGGCUGAAAGUCUUGCAGAUGAAUGGGACAGAGAGAAUGAGUGUUCAGGCAUCAAGAAUUUGGCAGGAACUGUUAGCAUAAUUGUAAGGGAUCCAUUAAAACCGCCUCCUAAGUUGAAGUUAAUUGCAAGAAAAGGGAAGCUAGAGAUUGAUCAAGAAGAGGUUGGAACUGACCCGAAUGGCACAGAGUUCGUGAUUGCCACAAAGGAUUCUCCAGAGCUGGAUGCCUCAAAUCUGGUGAUUGGAAGAGUGCUGGAAGGUAUGGAAGUUGUGGAGAAAAUUGGACAAGUGAAGACGGUGCAAGAGAAUACUAGUUCCCCUUAUUUCAGAGUCGCCAAGCUCAUAGGGGACAAGAGAGCUGUUGUUGCAGAAAGAGGCUUCAACAGACCAUACUCAAAGGUGGUCGUCACAAAUUGCGGCUUGAUGGAAUAACACCAAAUGCUCAUUUGGUGCUCUUUUCUUUCCUUUUUCCUCCCUAAUGAACAGAGCACAAUUGCAUCCAAAAAUGAAUUCUAUUGCUAUUCCUGUCAAA